AUGUUUAGUCUUCCUAACUUUGCAGCUCAUUCUGCCUUGUAUAAAAUAGCUAAAAUCAUGGAUAGAAUAUUUUAAUUGUGUGAUAAGUUAAAAAUAGAAAACACAGUAGAAAUCCCUAAGUCAAAUUAAGUAAGAAACUUUUAUUAAUUUUAGAAAUUAAAUAAAACAUUAAAGAACCUUUAUCACAUGAACCUUGAUGAUGAAAUGUUAAUUUUGGCUUUUUAUUUUGUUGACUAGAUCACUAAAAAGCUAAGAAUUUUUCUGAACUUAGAAAAUAGUACUGGAUUAUUAAUUGGGGCAAUUAUAAUUGCUGAUAAGAUUCUUAAUGACUAACCUAGAAAUAUUGAGAAAUACAAAUUAGCAAGUGGCCUCAAAAAAGAAGAACUUAUUUAAUUAGAAAUAUUUUUCUUAGAAAUUUUGGAUUAUAAUUUAUAUGUGACUGAAGAAAACUUUGAAACAUACAAAAAAAGAGUUCAAAAUUAUUGA